AGGUGAAGGUGAAAGUUGUGUCUCAGUAUAGACCUGAGGUGUAGAUUGUUCUGUAAAAACGUGUAGAUAUGCACAUAUAGUUACUAUUAGAGUUGUUGUGGAUUUAAAUCAACUAUUUUGAAUGUGAAGUGGAGGACGUGAAGACCAGUAAAGUUAAAAUGGCAGAGUCCAGAGUUCAUAAUCAGUUUAAACUCACCUCAGAAGACUAUGUGAGGGCUGAUGUUGGUGAAGAGGUCACCCUCCCCUGUCACCUCUCACCUGACACCAGUGCUGUUGACACAACGAUCAGGUGGUUUAAAGAGACAGAGUGUAUUUACCUGUAUAAGAAUGGCCAGGUGACAGAGAGGAGUGUCUAUGAGGGCAGAGUGAGUCUGAUCACCCAGGAGCUGGAGAGAGGCAACGUGUCUCUGAGGCUGACAGACUUCAGGGAGUCAGAUAGAGGAGUCUACAUAUGUCAGGUCAUCCAUGGAGAACAGAAGAAGGAGGCUGCAGUGGGUUUAUGGGACGAAGCAUUUGAAAAAUUCAUGGUACGGGCAUUAGCCUCAGGAUCAGAGUAUUUACAACAUGAGACCCAGGAGGACAAGCUGAAGAGGGAGGCAUCAGCUGGUGAGCUUGAGUUGAAGAUGGAAAAAGAAUUAAAAGAGAAAUUAAGACAGGAGAUGAUGAAACAACUAGAGGAGAAAGACACACAACUGGAUGAUAUGACCCAGGAAGUGAGAGAGAAAGAGAGACUCCUGGAGGAGAAGAACCAGAUAAUGGGACAGAGGGAGAAACUAUUAGAAGAGAAAGAAAACCAACUGGAAGAGAAAGACAAGCAACUAAAGGAUAGAGACAUUCAACUAGAGGCACUGAGAAAGAUCCUGCAGGACAAGAACAGCCAAGUAGAGAACUUCAGAGUCGUACUGCAGGAAAAAGACCUUCAACUAGAGGACAGCAACCACAGACUGGGAGAGAAGGACAGACUACUGGAAGAGAGAGACAAACAACUGGAAGAUGGGGACAAACAGCUGGAAGAGAGAGACAAACUCCUGGAAGAGAGAGACAAAGUACUGGAGGGAAAAGAAAAUGAACUAAAAGAGAUGAGGCAGGAAGUAGAAGAGAAAGAUAACCUACUAGAGGAGAGAGAGAAGCAGUUAAAGGCAAGAGACAAACAGGUGGAGGAUGUCAACAAUGAAAAUGCUGAUCUGGCUCAACAGAUAUGUGAUGUGAAGACUGAGGUAGAGAGACUGAGAGGAGAGAUCUCAGCCCAGAUGACUGAACCUGGAGAGACGUCAGAUACAGGUUCCAUACUCCCAGUCAGGAGGAGACAGAGCAAGGACCUUCCUCCAGACAUGGGAGGAGAGACCUCAGAUACAGACCCCACACUUCCACUGAGGAGGACAAAGAGCAUGGAGUUAAUUCCUCCAAAUAUGGGAGGAGAGAGCAGCAGUCCAGACUCCCCAGUGUCUCCCAGUGUGUCUGAGCUGAGACUGGUGCUGCUGGGGAGGACUGGGGCUGGGAGGAGUGCAGCAGGAAACACCAUCCUGGGCAGAGAGGAGUUUGGGGCCCAGGCCAGCCCCUCUGCAGUGACCCAGAGGAGUAAGAGGACAGAGGGGGACGUGUGUGGGAGACGGCUGGUGCUGGUGGACACUCCAGACUGGUUCUGUCCUGGACUCUCUCUGGAGGAGAUGAGACAGGAUGUGGGGCUCUGUGUCCGUCUGUCUGCCCCGGGACCCCACGCCUUCCUCCUGGUCAUACCAGUGGAGCCCUCUAAGGGGGAGGAGAGAGGGGUGCUGGAGAGAACAGAGGAUAUGUUUGGGGAGGGUUGUUGGGAACACACUGUGAUUCUAUUCACUCAUGAUGAUGUCCUGAAAGAGCAGAGCAUUGAGGAGUUUCUCCAAGCAGGAAGUCAGGACCUCCAGCAGCUUGUAGAGAAAAGUGGGAGCAGGUACCACGUCCUCAACAUUAAGGACAGGGCCCAUGGCACUCAGGUAUCAGAGCUGCUGGAGCAGGUAGAGGAGAUGGUGGCAGGAAACAGAGAGAGAUUCUACAGCAGUCAGACCUACCAGGAGGCAGAGACCCAGGUUAGAGAGAUGGAGGGAAAGAUCCAGAGAGAGAGAGGAGAGAGGAAACAGAGGGAGGAGAGAGACUUGAGAGAGAGGCUUGAGAAGGAGAUGCAGGAUUCUCUGGAGGAGAAAGAUGGAGAAAUCCAGAAGCUCAAGAGAAAUAUCAGAAUUCUCAGAGAACGAAUAACAGAACUGGAGAGACAGGUGAAAGAAGAGAGGGAUGAGGAGAAGAAAAUAGAGCUGGAGAAGGAGCUGAAGAGGGAGUCUGAUAGGAGGGAGGAGAUGGAGAGAAAGAUGGAGAGAUUUAGAGAGAAGACAGAGAAUGAGAGGAGGGAGAUGGAGGAGAGACACAGACAGGAGAUAGAGGAGAUGAUGGAGAACUAUGAAGGAGAGGCCAGAGUUGAAGCAGAGAGAAACCUGAUGAAGAUAGUCCUACCUGAGUUACAGAGGAACAUCAUGAUCUCACAGACAAAGAUGCAGAGAGAGUUCAGCAGACAGAUGAAAGAGAAGAAUAGACAGAUGGAGGAGAAAGGUGGAGAGGUGGAGAGACUGAGACAGAACUUGAAAGAGGUCAGUGAAGCUCACUCAGUGUUGGAGGGGAGACUGCUGCAAGAAGGGAGAGGUCAGAGGGCACUGAUAGGGUUGUUGGGCUGGGUCAGGAGAAACUCAUCAAGUUGGCUUCUCCACAAUCUGACAUGAUUCACCAUCACCGUCUAUGUGUAGAACCAGACCAGGUCUACUGUCCACUGUACCGUGGUGAGUGACCAUGGACCAUGGUGAUCAUGGGGAAAACAGGUCAGAAUAAUGUCUGGUCCAGUCUACAGUGUCUAGAGGAGGGGAGGGAGGUCUGUAAAGAUCUUGAUGAGACUUAGAAAACAGGUCAGAAUAAUGUCUGGUCCAGUCUACAGUGUCUAGAGGAGGAGGGGAGGGAGGUCUGUAAAGAUCUUGAUGAGACUUAGAAAACAGGUCAGAAUAAUGUCUGGUCCAGUCUACAGUGUCUAGAGAAGGGGAGGGUGGUCUGUAAAGAUCUUGAUGAGACUUAAGACAGAAUUCCAAACCAACGUAGAUUAUUGACCUUUGCACUGCAGCCUUUUAGAAUGGAGAGGGUUGUGGGGGGUCAGGAGGUCAGUGGGCGGAGUCAGAGACUGAGAACU